AUGCAUCCACAAUCAACCAUCAUAUGUAUUAUACUAGCAUUGGUGCCAGUUUAUGGAUUCAUAGCAUAUAACUGCAAUGAAAAAAGAAUAAAGAUAACAUCAUUCAACAGUUUAGAAGUUGAUCACUGCAAAACUCCACCACCAGCAACAAGCAUGAAACUUCCAAGAAUUAAACUAAUACAAAAAGCUGACACCAGCACAAUAUCUUUUAAGUCAUGUCUAAUUUCAGUAGACUAUUUAAUUACUAAAUGUGCAACCUUUGAUGGCGCUCAAGCAGUUGAAGAUGAAUAUUUUUCAGAAUUAGUACUGUUGGGAAACUCAGGUUGUACAGAACUCCACAGAACUUCAACAUUUCAUUUUCCUUCAGGUGGCAUUAUAACAGAGUUAAUAAUCAAUCAUACCACAUUUGCUACACACACAGUAGCUGGUAACAUCGACGAAAAUGGAAACUGUCAAGGAACAUCAUAUUCAACCGAUAAAGGAUCGUGGAAAAAUGUUGUAGUAAAAGGUAAUUACAAAAUACAAUUAAGUGAAGGUGUCGCAAACAUCAUUAGUAAGGAAGACUUAUUAAUUUUACCAACUGGGACUAGAAUGAGACUAUCAGAAAUGUAUGGAAUAGAUUCAUACACAGGUGAAACAAUCUGGAAUAAUAAUAUCAUACAUCAAAAUUGUGACAAGCAUAAUUUUGAUGUAUUAUAUGAUGGCCCUGCAACAUUAAUGAUUUCAGAACAGACACCAGAAAAUUUGUUACAAACACAUACAUUCUUAGUUGAAAUUGAAAACAUAGUCUUCGCUCUAAAACAAAUAAAAAAAACAUUUGCAUGCGAAGUACCGGUUAUACAAACAGAACACCCACAAUUAUUCAUAUUAAAAGACAAUGAAUUUAUGCAUAAUUUCUCCACCAAUAAUAUUUCACCUCAAAACACAGAUCUCAUGACAUAUAUUAACACAAAAUUUGUCUACAUAGAAAACUUCUUUAAAAACACAAUAUCUUCAUUAUACAAUGAAUUAAUAAGAAAGCAAUGUGAAAUAGAUAGAACACAAUUAUUAUUCAAAUUAUCAUUAGCCACAUACAGUCUAGACGAAUUUGCAUAUGCUAUGGGACAAGGUCCAGGAAACAUAGCAAUAAAAGCAGGGGAAAUAAUUUACUUAAUAAAAUGUAAACCAGUUGAUGUACAAUAUGCACAAAAAACUGCAUGCUUUAAUGAAUUACCAGUCACGCUUAAUAAUAAAACUUAUUUCGUGGCACCAAAAACAUACAUACUGCAAAAUUACGGCACCCAAAUUGAUUGCAACAAAUAUCUCCCUGUAGCAUUCCGUCUUGCUUCAGAAUGGUAUGGAAUAACACCAACUAUUGGGAAAAUAAAAGAACCACAAACAUUAAAACCUUUUACUCCAUGGACUUGGAACUACAAAAGUCCAGAAUAUUUAAUAGAAGCUGGAAUUUACUCUCAAGACACUAUGGCAGCACUACAAAAACAUCUACUAUUACCACAAGAAAUCCAGACAGCACUAAACAAUAUAGCCAGGAAAUCCAUGGGGUACUCAUACGUAGACCAAGGACUACGUUUAAAAAGCUUAAUUGAUGAAACUACCAUAUCAAAAAUAAUAGAAGACAGGUCAUAUAAAAUUUGGGGAUGGUUCACUACAUUUGGAUCCUGCAUUUCUGGAUUCUUAGGCAUAUUCUUUAUCUGGAGAGCUAUUAUAUCAAUAUUAACAAAAAAUCAUCAUUAA